AUGGCUAUAGAUAAUAAUAAUAAUAGUUAUAAAAUAGUUCAUUUAUCACAUUUAUUAUUGAAUAAUAUUACUAGAUAUCUUGAUAAUGUAGAUAAUAUUAGAUUCUCAUUUGUUUGUAAAAGAUGGUAUCAUGAAAGAGAAUCUUAUUUGUUCUUUACUAGUGAUGCUGAUGUUGAUUAUUUUAACUUUUAUAAAGAAGUUCAACUAAAGUCAUUUAAAUCAAUUAAAAUACAUAAUAAUCUAAAAUAUAAAACAUUAUUUAUAUUUAAUAAAAAAAGUCACUUUGAUAGGUACGACAAAUCACCGUAUAAUAAUAACAAUCGGUAUAUCGAAUUUUUAGAGGGAAGUGUUACCUACAAUGAUAUUGAUCAAGUACAUUUAAAGUUAUCUCAGGGUAGUAUGGAUAUUUUAAAGUUCAAAGAUCAACUUGAGAGAUUAGCAGUGAAAAAGUUGGCUCUUCCACCGACAAUUCAACGUUUUACACAUGUUUCCCUUUGGAAGAGUGGAGAUCUUCCUUCUUCGUUAAAGUAUCUAUCUUUAGAUGAUUAUUCAUCAUCAUUGUCUGUUGGUUCACUACCGCCACAACUUGAACACCUACAUAUUGUAACCUAUAGAAAUGUAAUAGAAUUGGCAAAUGACAGUGUACUGCCAAGAACAUUGACAACAAUAGAGAACUGUCCUUCUCAAUGGUUCAAGAUUCUAAGAAAUCUACCAUUACUUACAACUCUUACCUCGGAUUGCAAUAUACCGUUUGGCUAUUUGGAAGCAGGUGAUCUUCCACAGUCAUUGACAAGAUUGGAACUACAUAAGUCAACUACCAAAUUUAAGCCUGGAGUAAUACCAUCUUCGAUCAAAUAUCUAUUUCUAAAUACAUUGGAUCUGUCCUCAGAGGUGUUACCAAAAGAUGCACACUUUGAUUAUCUUGGAUUUUCUGAUACUACAUCACCUAUUCUUCCUGGUCAGUUACCACCAAACAUCAUUGAGCUUGAAAUAUUUAAAUAUAGUAAACUUCUUGUUCCUGGAUCACUGCCAUUUGGAAUCGUAACAUUGAAAUUUCCCUGUCUAGAUGCCAAGUUUCUCAUUGAAGGAGUGAUUCCAUCCUCCACCAAAACACUUCAACUUUUUAAUUACAACACCCUCCAGCACACUCCAUUUGACAUUGCAUCGAUACCAAACUCAGUUGAACACCUAAUUCUUGGCACCGAUGAAGUGGACGUAGAUCUCCCAAAUCUUCCUGAUUCCAUCAAAACAUUAGAAUGUAGAAGACACCUUCUCAAGAAAUACAAUAUUGAAUCACUCAAACCAUCGAUCACAACCAUAAAGAUGAUAGAGGUUAAAGCUGCUUAUUUCUAUCGAAUUGAUCCAAGUUAUUUUAUAGCAAGAACAUCAUCAGAUUUCAUAUUGAUCAAAUCAAAAGCUUCUAAUAAUAUUUUGCUUAUUGCUUUAUUUUCUUUUGAUUUAAUAGUUCCAAGUAUGAUGCAAGUGAUAGUUGAUCUUUAUCGUUCGAAUUUAAUCCGGAAGCAUUGUUGGAUCAUAGUUAAAAUAAUCUCCAACAAUGUUAGUGAUUCAAUGGAAUUUGGAGGUGAUUUCGAAUCAAAAGUAUCUUCAUUUGGGUAUAUAAUUUUACAUUUGAAAAGAUUUAGAUCUUUUGUGGAGGAAGGAAUGACACCUUCAAUGAUACUUUGGAUUAAUGAAGUAGAGUGA